AUGGAUUUCGCCUCGCUCAUGUCCAAAGAAAUCGCCAAAGCAAAAGGCGCCUCUCCUCCCACCACCACCACCGCCUCCCCCUCACCGACCCCGGCUGCCCCCACCGCCCCGCCGAAAUACAUCUCCCGGCGCGAAGCCGAGGCCGCGCGGGAGGCGGCCUACCUAGCGGAGCAGAAGGCGCGGGAGGAGGAGCGGGCGGCGCGGGCGGCGGAGAAGCGGCGGCGGGAGGAGGAGGCGGCGCAGGAGGCGCGCGCGCGCGAGGAGAAGCGGCGGCGGCUGGCGGAGGAGAGCCGGGCGCGGCGCGCGGCGCGGGAGGCGGCCGAGGAGCGGGCGCGGCGGAAGAGGUUGGGUCUGCCGGAGGUGCCGCCCUCCGCGCCGCCCGCGGCGGAUGGGGAGGGGCGCGGCCGGGGGCAGAGUGCCGACGAGGAGGAGGAGGGGGAGGAGGAUUUUGUUGGUGGUGUUGGUGGUGGUGAAGGGCACGAUGGGGAUAUUCCGGAGGCGGAGCUGGUCGCCAAGUUGAGGCAGUUGGGCGAGCCGGCGGUGCUGUUUGGUGAGAGCCACGCGGCGAGGGUGAGACGGUACCGGCGCGCGGCCAGGGGCGGGGCGGCCGCCGCGGCGGGCCCGAUCCCGACGUCGUUAGCGCCGGUCGAGGAGAAGGACAUGAAGGUGCCUGACAAGCUGCCGCCUGCGUCGGACAAGAAGGCGCGGCGGUACCUCUUCCGGCAGCUGGCGUCGUACUUCAACAUGGUGCUGCGCGAAUGGGAGGCGGCGCUGGCGCGGGAGAACAACGCGGACACGUUCGCCGGCCAGGCGGCGCAGCGCGCCAUGGUAUCGAGCAAGGAGACGAUGAGGCCCCUGUUCCGUAAGUUUGAGCAGGGGGACUUGGACGAGAGCAUCCUCGAGGCCAUCGUCGAGAUCGUCAAGGCGGCGCAGGAGCGGCGCUACGUCGAUGCCAAUGAUGGGUACCUGCGCUUGAGCAUCGGCAAGGCGGCGUGGCCUAUUGGUGUCACCAUGGUGGGCAUCCACGAGCGCAGCGCCCGCGAGAAGCUUCAUGACGGCGAGCGGGGCCACAUCAUGGGCAGCGAGGUCACGCGCAAGUACCUGCAGAGCAUCAAGCGGUGCUUGACUUUUGCCCAGGUCCGCUGGCCGCCCGAGGAUGUGCGGCAGUUGAUGGGCUGA